UAAAUAACUAAAAUAAUUAAAAUAUACAUAAAUAAAUGUCAGAAUGGCGUCUUUUAAGAAAACGAAUAGUAAAAUAUAUAUAAAAUCGAAACCUAUUGAUACAGAUGAUACCAUUUAUUGGAAAAAAAUAGGGGUACCAGUAUUAGUUAAAGAAUUUGGAGCUAUAGAUCAUAUAGACUUUUCUCCAGUAGAACCAUAUUACUUUGCAGUUACUUGUUCGAUACGAGUGCAGUUGUAUAAUCCAAUUACUAAACUGGUAGCAAAAAAUAUAUCACGAUUUCGUGAAAGUGCCUAUGGCGGAACCUUUAGAAAAGAUGGAAAACUAUUAUGUGCUGGUGGUGAAGAAUCACAUGUUAAACUUUUUGAUGUCAGUUCUAAAAGCAUGCUACGUUUAUUCUCUGGACAUACAGCACCAGUACAUAGAACAUCUUUUACAUCAAAUAUGAAUCAAAUUGCGAGCUUUUCAGAUGAUAAAAGUGUAAAACUUUGGGAUAUCCCAAGUGAAAAAUCUAUUACAAACUUUAUGGGACACAAGGAUUACAUAAGAGCAGGAUGUUGUAGUCCAGUAAGUCCAAAUAUAUUACUUUCUGGUGGAUAUGAUGGUAUAAUAAAUAUGUGGGAUGAUAGAGAUUCAACAAAAUCUGUAAUAAAAGUUGAUCAUGGCAAUCCUGUGGAAUCAGUUUUAUUUUUACCAACUGGUGGUAUUUUUCUUACUGCAGGAGGUACAGAUAUAAAGGUUUGGGAUGUUUUAGCUGGUCGUCUUUUAGCUAAAAUAAUACAACAUCAUAAAACAGUCACUUGUCUCAGGUUAGCUUCUGAAAAUAAACGUUUACUCUCCGGGAGCCUAGAUCGCCAUGUAAAAGUUUAUGAUAUUUCUACAUAUAAUGUAAUACACACAAUUGAUUAUCCAAGUGCAGUACUUAGUUUGGCAAUUUCUAAAAAUGAUGAAACAUUAGUAGCAGGAAUGGUUGAUGGUUUAGUUUCAAUUCAUAGAAGGGACGAAAAAGUCAAAGCUACUAAAGCAAAAUGCAAGAUUAAAUCAUAUAAAUAUGCAUCUAACACACAUUCAACUUUAGUUGAUACGGUGGUGCCUGAAACAUUAAAAGAAUUACAGUCCAAGCACGAUACUUGUUUGAGGAAAUUUGAAUAUUCAAAAGCAUUAGAUAUUGUUUUGCAGCCUUAUGUUGUUAACAAAAAUCCACAUGUGACUGUAUCGUUGAUGCAAGAAUUGUUGCGAAGAAAAGGAUUGCAUACUGCUGUUGCAGGUAGAGAUAUGAAGAUAGUUAAAGCACUUCUUAGGUUUCUCAUAAAAUAUAUCGGAGACCACCGGUUCACAAGAACAUUGAUUGAUGUUGCCAAUGUUUUUCUUGAUGUACAUGAUAAUAGCUUAAAUCAAUUUCCACCUGAUGUUAUAAAAAUGAUAAUUAGAUUAGGAAGUAGAAUAUCCGAAGAAGAGCAGUUAAGUUUAGAAUUGGCUAAUCUUGAAGGCGCAAUGCAUUUGCUUUUAGCUGGAUCAAGUGUAGCUGAAGACGAUUCAGAAAUUCAGACAGCCAAUUUAUUGCGAUUAAAACCAUCUGAGAAAGCAAAACAAAAUAUUGUAAUUGAUGUUAACUGAUGUAAUCUUAUAAGAUAUAAAUAUUUUUAUUUAAGAAAUAAAUAUUGUUUUAAUUAU